AUUUUUUAUUUCAGAAAUUUAGAAUGCGAAAUACCCGCGUGUGCUCAUGUGCGGAAUUUUGUCGACAACUUCCGCCGUUUUGUAGUGUUGGAACAAAGAGUUGUGGAGAUGAGACUCGAAUCCUCAAAACUACGGUUGCGUGGGAAGGCAGCUGAUCCAGCUGUGAAUGACACACCAUGCAUCCCACCCCCAUCGCUUUGUGAUUCCCGUGCGAUAAUGCUGUGGGGUUUUCAGAAUGAUCUCAAAGUCAAGCAGUGUUUUUAUAUCACGCAAGAAAGAGUGGGGGAAGGGAAAGAUAGUUCUGUGGAAAAGUUCAAGCCAUACAGUCCGUUUCAGGACACGAAGAACCGAGGAGAGUACGUCGUUGCCCGUCUUGAUGACUUGAUGAAUUGGGGUCGAAAGGGUUCUUUGUGGCCUUUGACAUUCGGACUCGCUUGUUGUGCAGUGGAAAUGAUGCACAUUGCAGCCCCGCGUUACGAUAUGGAUCGUUUUGGGAUUGUGUUUCGAGCAUCUCCUCGUCAAGUCGACUGCAUCAUCGUCGCCGGCACUGUCACCAAUAAAAUGGCGCCUGCUUUGCGCAAAGUGUAUGAUCAAAUGCCGGAACCCCGUUGGGUCGUUUCCAUGGGCUCAUGUGCCAACGGUGGCGGCUAUUACCAUUACUCCUACUCAGUCUUGAGAGGGUGUGAUCGUGUCAUCCCCGUGGACAUCUACGUACCAGUGGAAAUGAUGCACAUUGCAGCCCCGCGUUACGAUAUGGAUCGUUUUGGGAUUGUGUUUCGAGCAUCUCCUCGUCAAGUCGACUGCAUCAUCGUCGCCGGCACUGUCACCAAUAAAAUGGCGCCUGCUUUGCGCAAAGUGUAUGAUCAAAUGGGCCUUGGGGCAACCCAGCAAAGGUACCCGAGUACACGGUUGCCACCGCCGAUAAUGGUAAUGAGGAUGAGUCAGAACUCUCCCACACUAGCACAG